AUGGAUCAAUCCUGCAACCACACUCGACAGGGCUCAGAUGACGACACUGCGAUACCUGGGCGAAUAGAGAGCCACGGACCAAAUCGGGGUAAUAUCUUUGACACGCAUGCAAGCGACACCUCUUCUACUAGCGCCAAGGACGAUGACGUUGAAGAGCCGACCUGGGAUACCAUGUUAAAGGAGUUUGACACGGUUGAACCCUUUUAUGCAGACCGUGCACGCGACAUCUCUUCCACUGGUGCGGAGGACGGUGAUGUACUCAUCAAUCUUUCAGAAGAAAGGGGCCUACCCCCCGCUUCUUCGACGCCCGUCCCUUCAAAAGCCGCCUCUCCUGUCCGCCUGAGUAGCGAGGACGAUUUUCCUGCGCGAGAUCAUCCACUGUACAAGAAUGCCGCCCCUCAAGCGGACGGGCUCUUUCACUGCCCUUGGGAGGGUGAGCCGAGCUGCAACCAUAAGCCAGAAAGGUUGAAGAGCAAUUACAAGUACGUUGAUAGCAAAUCUAUGUCGGAAAUUGCUGACAUGUGGCAAUUUACAAGGGAUUCGACAUCUCGCGUCAACGAUGCUUCAUUGCCGACUGACAACAAUGAUCGAUCUGUGUCCAGCACACAGGCUCACGUCCCAGAUGAUGCUACUGUGUACUCUGUUGCGUGGAGUGUUCCGGACGAUGUCCUUGAUACCUAUAAAUCUGAGCUUGCAGAGUCCUUGUUUAAACAGCUCCGUCAAUUUCUACCCGAUCAUGAGCUGUUACACUCAUCGUCGUCGACCUUAACAACCUUUCUGCGAUCCUUUGCCCUGCGUCUGGGAGGACCGGGAUCGAGUAAGGCAGCCAAAAAAGUGAUGUAUUUUAUACAUAAGAAUCGAGGUGACAUUGCAAGUCGGUUUGAAGCCGCUGCACGAUGUGCUCAAGAAGAAGACUCGGCCAUAUACUCUACGGCAAAAAGAGAGGUCCUAGCGAAAUUGGAUAUUGGCAAGUGGUUGCAAACGGUGGAGGAAGGCAUGGUUCUAGAGCCUGCUCACCAUGUCGAUGAUCAUGAUAAGAAAGAACACGGGCGGGAGUGGGAUGAUGAUGACAUGGAAGAGCAGCCCGCACUUCCCGACAAGCGAGGUUACCGCGAUGUGGUUUUCGGCUCCGCUUCUUACAGGUGGCUGCUGGCCUCGAUGGUCAAAAGUUUGACCUUAGCACUGCCCGACAAGAACGACGAUGUCUGCGCCGAGAUUCAUACCAGGGUCAAGCUUUGCCUUGAGCAGAAUCACUCCGUCAGUAGCCGGAGGCCUUCCCAGCGCUUUGGGCUACUUUUACGGUCUGAUUGGAGCCCUUUGGAAUUCUUGCGAGCCAGAUUCCCGGACGAUCCAGAUGUCGGACGCUUGCUGGGGGAAAGUCUCACACUGACCGGGACGCUGACGAACGCGCAAGCUCUACCUUGCGCCGAGUACUUACGUCAGACAUGGCCCGUGACUGGUCCUCAAGUUCUAUCGCUUCUUACAAGGGCGCUAACCCUGGGGACAGAGAUCACUGAGGAAAUGAGUGAUACAUCCGUACUCAGGUGCCACUUCACAAGCUCUCAACUCCUCGUAAGGAUAGAGGGAACUAUAGACACUAUCGCAGAAAUCGGAGAGCAGAUCGCUUGGCUUGGCGCGGCGCUGCGUCCCUCUUGCUCCGAUUCAGGUGUCGCGAAGUGUCGUCCAGUACUCGAGGUACCUAACACAGGAAUGGCGCCGAUGAUCAGCUUAAGGUAUGCUCUUGAGUAUGCUCUUGACGCAGGGAGCACUGGCGCAAAGGGCCCAGAAACUGGUCAAUGUUGGCACGAACUGUUCCGGAAUCCCGUCGUGGUGACCGGCUAUCCCAUUCCGAGACGGGCUCAAGACAGCAAAGGACUCGAGAUCCCCUUGCAAAUCAUGUCCAAAUUGACAGACUCUCCACGCGUCAACGAAUAUCUAGGAGGAUACUUUCUAAAAGGGUUUUCGACGGCACUAGUGCCCACCGCUAAAUUACACGAUACUGUGCAGUGGCACAUGUUCUACACUUCGGAUGGUAGCCGGCUGCCAUAUUGGGAUGCUCAUGCAGAAUAUGGGAUUGAACUAAACCUAGCAGAACUGCAGAAGAGCCGGCAUAUUGUUGGUUGGUGCUCGAAAGCCAACUUUCUCACAGGAUCGUCAUCGAUGAAUUAUCAGAUCGGUGCCACACAGCUCCCGAGACCAGGUCGAGAGUUCUGUCUGGAGAAGGUGUCAUUCUCCGUAGGCCAGAUCGUCACCGGAGGCUGUCAAUUCGCUAUCGGACACAAAGAGCCUCCUGUGCGCAUCACUCAUGCUUCUUAUUCUGAAAAGUUACGUUGGCUCAAUCAGAAAUACGUGACGUUAUGGGGUGUCUCUGAUUCUCGUGGCUGGCUAGUCAACGCCAAUGCUGCUCUGCUCCACCUCUUACGAGCAUCUCUGGAGUCGUCAAGAACGGAUAAAUUUGCUUCUGAAUUUCUGUUCGAGGCUAAAGACUUCAAGGAAUCCACAAACCCAGGAACUCUAGACUCGGUCCUGGAUGUCCUGCUGAACACCGACAAUCAGAAGCUCGAGCUGUACCUCAAGGACAGAAAGACAUGUACCAAGAUCAGAGAAUUCCCGGACGGUCACCGAGAAGAGUUCACAGAGACAGUUCAGAGCUGCACAACUGUGAAAGACCGGGUAGAAGAACUCUACGAGUCUCUAGAGAAGCUCAUCGACUUCAAUGCUUCUCUUGAGAGUUCUUCAAAAGGCGUCGAUGCUAGGCUUCGGCUUCGUGAUUAUCUUUUCGGGUGGGACUUUGCCGACAUAGCCACUUAUCGCGAUCCGUUCCAUAUCAAAAAGGCAAACCUGCCCCUUCAGUUGAUCAGCUGGGUCGACUUCACAAAGGCAAUCCCGGCCGUGACACUAUUUGGAAAGGGUUUCGGAGACUUGAUCCGUGCAGCAUCAUGCAUAAGCUCAAGCCAAUGCUCAGAAUGGGAGACGAUGCCGGUCAACAGCAAUCUCUUGUGCGUCAGUGCCGCCGAUCUACGAGACAUCAUCGAAAGGACUGGUGAUCUGUCGGCCAAGCCCAUCACGGUCGCCCCGGGCAUCGGAUGGAACAGUCCCCCCACAGACGAGUUGUUUCGAGAAACAUGUCCGUGUACGUUGUCCGUUACCAGGACAUCUCAAAGGCGACGACCACAUCAUCAUCCCAUCCAGGAGCUCAAGUUAUCCAAGUUCCAGUGGAGCGCCGGCGAAGUAGAUCUAGACUUAUCCAGCCACCCUGACGGCGCCGUCAUUUUCGGAAGACAAUCCGAGCGAUACCCCGCCCAACCACAUCGAGCUGAUUCACUAUCCGCCGGGGCAAGUUCGUCAGUCACAACGGGGUUAGGACACAGCAGCACCUCCGAUGCCUCAAAUACAGACGACCAGGCUCUCGGUUUCUUACCAACACCAUCUUGGUCGCCCUCGGGAGGUCAGGGAUAUGAUUCGUCCAGCACGGAUAGUAGAGAGGUUGGAGGCUUACAAAGAUUAGCUGAGCAGAGCCCUGAUGUAAAUAUGGGAGGAAAGCCGCCGCAUAUGACACUGGUCCAAGGUACCUGCCUGAAGCGAAAGGCUUGUGUAGAUGAUGCGCACGGGGCUGAAGAAGCGGAGAGCCAAGAUGACCCAGGGCCUUCCAGCAUCCGAAAGGUGGCAAAGUCAAUCGAGAGAAAGUUUCGGUCACGGGGCAUGGAUUGA